GCCCCGAAGCUGCCCCGCGCACGAGUCUCCGCCGAGUGUCCGCGCGCCCGGAGCAGCCGUCGAGAUGGGUGAGUCAAACGAAGAUAUAGACCAAAUGUUCAGCAAUUUGCUGGGAGAGAUGGAUCUCCUGACUCAGAGUUUAGGAGUCGACAUUCUCCCUCCUCCAGAAUCCAAACCACCUAGAGCUGAAUUUAACUACACUGUGGGGUUUAAGGAUUUAAAUGAGUCCUUGAAUGCACUGGAAGACCAAGAUUUAGAUGCUCUCAUGGCAGAUCUGGUAGCAGACAUAAGUGAAGCUGAGCAGAGGACAAUCCAGGCUCAGAAAGAGUCCCCUCAGAAACAGCCUCACUCAGCAUCCCUGCAUGUGCCAAGUUUCCAUGGUACAGCCUCUCCUGGUUACGGAGCAAAUGUUGCUGCAACGAGUCAGUUUAAUGAUGACUUACCACCGCCACCAGCUGAUCCAGUGUUAGACCUUCCACUGCCACCACCCCCUCCAGAACCCAUCUCUCAAGAAGAAGAAGAAGCUCAAGCCAAGGCUGAUAAAAUAAAACUGGCAUUGGAAAAACUAAAGGAGGCCAAGGUCAAAAAGCUCGUUGUCAAGAUACAUAUGAAUGAUAACAGCUCAAAGUCACUGAUGGUGGAUGAACGGCAGUUAGCCCGAGAUGUUCUCGACAACCUUUUUGAGAAGACCCACUGUGACUGUAACGUGGAUUGGUGUCUUUAUGAAAUAUAUCCAGAACUACAAAUUGAAAGGUUUUUUGAAGACCAUGAAAAUGUUGUUGAAAUCUUAUCAGACUGGACAAGGGACACAGAAAAUAAACUGUUAUUUUUGGAGAAAGAGGAAAAAUAUGCUGUAUUUAAAAACCCCCAGAAUUUUUACCUGGAUAACAAAGGAAAAAAAGAAAACAAAGAAACAAAUGAGAAAAUGAAUGCAAAGAACAAGGAAUCCUUACUUGAGGAGAGUUUCUGUGGAACAUCCAUCAUUGUGCCAGAACUCGAGGGAGCUCUUUAUUUGAAAGAAGAUGGGAAGAAAUCCUGGAAAAGGCGCUAUUUUCUUUUACGAGCUUCUGGAAUUUAUUAUGUCCCCAAAGGAAAGACUAAGACAUCUCGAGAUCUGGCCUGUUUUAUACAGUUUGAAAAUGUCAACAUUUACUAUGGGAUUCAGUGUAAAAUGAAAUACAAAGCACCCACUGACUACUGCUUUGUAUUAAAGCAUCCCCAGAUUCAGAAGGAGUCCCAGUAUAUCAAGUAUCUGUGCUGUGAUGAUGCCAGAGCGCUAAGCCAGUGGGUCACGGGAAUCAGGAUCGCCAAGUAUGGGAAGAUGCUCUAUGAUAACUAUCAGCGGGCCAUGGCCAGGGCAGGGCUUGCCUCUCGGUGGACAAACCUGGGCACAGUCAACGCAGUGCCACCAGCCCCGCCUUCCACAGGAGUUAAAACAGGCACCACCCAAGCCAAUGGUCAGAUCCCCCAGGCAACACAGUCUGUGAAUACUGCUCUCGGAGAAGACCGGAGACACCUUGAAACAACCAAGGUAAGACUGGGGGUACCUGACCUACUUCUAUCAGACUGUCACUUGUAAGCCCAUAUUCUAAACUGUGUUCAAGUAACUGCUCCUUUAAAAAAGAAAAAAUAACAGUUCCAACAAUUCAAGUCACUAUAAUUUCAUUUAGAUAAUUGUUCCAUAUGUAUAUAUAUUAUCUUAAAGUUACAUAGGCUAGAAGGGAAAAUUAAAACCAACUACUACCAACACAGCUUCAGGAAAAUGUAAGAAUCUUUUUUAAUUCUGAGAAUUGGUAACUAUUUUUAGUUUAGCUACACUUAUUUUGACUGAAGUGAUUUUUGUUUGUUUAAUUCAAGUGGUUUUAGCCCUCUCUGAAAGUGGCACCUACAUUUUAAACCCUUGGGAUUUUAAAUUAUUUUUUCUGAAUAACUUAAAGCAGUGUGAUGGUCAGAAGCCCUUUAUUAAAUGCUAACUGGGCCCCAAACCAAAUUAGAAGAAUACUGAUAAGGUUCCACUGUAAAAUAUGCAUUUUUGUAUUUUUCUGUUAAUGUUCUACAUACAUCCUCAGGCUAAUGGAGAAUAAAACACUUUUGAAAAUAAUAGCCAAAUUGGUAUAACAUUCUCCAUAACUUUUUUUUUUUCAGUAGAGGAGAUAUAAUGAAGUUAUUUAAAUCUAAAAUUUAGCUAAAAAUUAUAGUUACUAGUCCAGUUGCUAACAUCUCAAUUGACUAUACAAGUUCCACUGAAUAUUUCUCAUAUGUGACUCAAACCAACUCUAAAUAUACCUUCAGAAGUUUUCCACCUCACUCUCCCCUGUUACUUUGUCCCAUCAGCCAGUGGUGGAAACAAGUCAUAUAGUUAUUGAGCUGCUUAUAAUUUUUGAAAAAAAAUUUAGUUCAUUAAAAGGGCCACCUGGGAAGCCCUUAUGUAUGUACAGGAGCAAAAUAAUUUCAGACACCCGCUCCUGACGACUGCAUUUCACAACCAGCUCAACUCAGACCAAGAAAAAUGUAUCUGUGUAUGCCUACAACCCUAGUAGGGCUUCUCUGGCGGCACAGUGGUAAAGAAUCGACUGCCAAGCAGG